AUGACUUCUGCAAUGAAUCUUCUUCUCCUCAAAUACGCACAUGCUCAGCUCCAUGCAGAGAUCCUUCAAGGCAUUGCUGCCGAUCUACAACGUGCCAGUACCGUUCUCAACACUCGUGCCCGCAACCUCGACGCCCACUUUCUUAGCCUGAAGUCGACGCAUGAUAAGGGAAGCGUUGAUCCAAUCCGUUCAUCUGAACCUGCAACCGAGAAAGACAUCCUCGAGGUCACCAACGCGAUGGCUUCUAUUGAAGCAAUGACGGAAAUUCAGGAGCAAAUGAGGCGAAACAUCGAAGCUUUGAUCGGCAUGGAGUGCAAGCCUGGCCUCACCGAGCACAACGACGCCAGGGUGUAUGUCAAUUGGAAGAAUUCGACCAGAGAGCAAGACUUCAACUUUGGUGAAGCCAUGUCAGAAAAGCUCGCCGAAAUAUCCUCUCUCAGUGGCAUCAAGCUCUCUCUUCCAGUCACCCCUGCUCAUCCAAAGGUUAGAUCCGCUGAGAAUCCUACCCACAAAUGUUCGAAGCUCACAUCUCAGAUUCAGAUCGUUAUUCCUGCCACCACAAGCCCAGCUGCUUUGAGUCCCAACAAUGAUGGUCUCACCUCUGCAUCCCGUGCUUCUGCUCCUAAACCACCCAGAAGCCGAACCAACUCUGUCUUGUCACCACCACCCACUCCUGGCAAGCAGACUCCGCACAAAUCAGUGAAGCGAAAACAACGCAUGGCCGACAUCAAGAAGGCCGCAGCCUCACCAGAGAAGGUGAUGGCCUCGUCUGGGCGUCCGGUGUGGGGCGUCUUCCGGGGAUCCAUCAAGACAGAGGAGGAAGAUUGA